CGGCGCGGCCUGAACAAGGGUUGCGGAGGUCUCCCACCCGCUGCAGCCCGUUCAGACCCGACGGAAUCCCUUCUUGCAGAAUUGGGGGAUCCCGCACUGCGGGUCCGGCUGAAGCGGGUCGCAGGAACGCGUCCCCCUAAGCCCGAUCCCUGGCUGGGUCACCCCGGGGGCGUGGCGGCUUCUAGCUGCAGCUAGGGGUCCCCACCUGCGGCAAAGUUUGCUUUUUGAUUUGCGCCCCCCACCCCCGCCUUUUGCGCAGUGUAGUCACAGCUGCACUCGCUCCACAACCUCGGGGGGAGGGGGUCCCAGGACCCCCCAGGGGACGGCAUGGGGACCUGCAUGGGGAGGAUCCCAUUCCUGCGGGAAAGGCUAGGGUGUUCGGGUCGCACGGGCUUUUCAUUGUUACUUGGCUUGGGAGGGGGUUUGCCAGGCCUGGGCGAUCCGCGCGAGAGCUGGAAAAGCCCCAGAGAGGCGGAGACGCAGAGAGGCUCCGAGAGGAGCUCCAGAGGCGCGGGGACAAUGAGGGGGACCGACGGCUGCAGAGAGAGACUGAGACGCAGGGAUGGAGGGGAGGGGGUACGCGGGAGACCGAGGGUGGCAGAGACCGAGACAAAGCUCCCGAGAGGGGAGCUGAAGCGGGAGAGACAGAGCCGAGGACGCGCGUAUGGGGAGGACGCAGAAGCCGCCGAAACAAUAAGGGCGACCGACACCUUAGACAGGGAGAGCCAGAGACCUCGAUCGGCGCCCGGCCGUCUCGCCGAGGGACUGAUGGAGGGACUGAGAAAGGCGAGGCUAGGUUGGGACGUUGUUAUUGAAGAUGAUAGGAUUGAUGACGUGCUGAAAAAUAUGACCGACAAGGCACCUCCUGGUGUCUAACUCCCCCAAAGACAAUGAGUUAAGGGAGAGAAUAAGAACGGCGGUAACAGUUAUUGGCAAAAAGCAUGAAAAGAGAAAGCACUUUGAAAUUUAUUACUAGCUUGCUACCCACGAUGAAAUCAACAACCUGUAUCUGGUAUCAGGCCGGGAGACAGAUGAGGCGUGAGGAGGAGGAGGAGAAGGCUCUGGGCUCCUCUGCAAAAAUAAAAAUAAAAAAAUAAAAUUUUAAAAAUAAUAAAGUUUCACUAUAUACACAUAUAAAGAAAUAAAAAGAAGUCUCAGUUGCAGCUAUUUGUCAAAAUUAAUAUCCAUUUCUUUUUAUAUACGGUGAAUAUUGCGCAAUUAUAGAUCUGGAUUUUGAACCACUUAAUGAAGCGGCAACACCAGGUGUUUUGAGGUGUUGGCAUUCUUCGCUGAUUUGGCUGUUCCCAAUGUUUACAUUAUUUAAUCUUGCAAAAAUGGUUCUGUGCACUUGGAUGUGAAAUGCUGUCCAGUUUUUUUUUUUAUGUUGUUAUCCUUGGAUGUACAAAAAAUUCAGAAAAUGAUCUCUGUAGAUAUUCUGUUUUAUUUUGGUCAUCUUUAGAAGUUAUCAGGAAUGUGUUUAAAACAAGAAGAGAACUUUUUUAAGGAAUGAUACAUAGAAAAGAUUUUAUUUUAAAAUGAGUUGUAAAGCUUGUGUUUCUUUGUUGCUGCAAGCUAUUUGCCCAAGUUAAUGCAAAUGGACACAUUUUUUAUGUCAGAAAACACACACACACACACUCACACACGCACACACACGAAAAACAAAGAAAAAAAUGCUUGAGCUUUUUCUAACCUCCCCUUGCAGUCUGUUGUGUGAGCAGCCUGUUUAUUUCUCUAAUAUUAUGUCAGUUUAUUCUCUUUAAUGGACUGUAAAAAAAUGUAAUCACAAGAGUGCCAAAUAUCUUGAAAUGCCAAAAGGCAUUUUGGUUUCUUUUCUCUGUGCUCUGAGUCCACGUACAGGAAUGCUUGGAGUGUCUUUUCUGUUAUUUAUAGGGAUUCUCUUAAGGCACACCAGCUGCCUGUUUUGCAUGGUAUUUGCAAAAAUGCCUCUUGCGUGAGGAAAUCUUUUACCAUUUUUUGUUUGCAACUUUGGACCUCAAGAGGUUUCCCUUCCCUUCCCUGUUCCCUCUUUUCUUAAUUCAAUAUUCUGUAUGUUGCACCUUGAACCAGCACACAGGGCUAUUUCUCCAAUGUACAAUAAAAGAAUUGUUCCUGUGUCUCA